UUCCGCAGCAGGCGGAUGCUUUUCGGGCCAUUUAAAUUUGGUUAUUAUUCUCCUGGAACUGCACCUAAUCGUAUACCUCAUCGUUUGUAUCUGUUGGUUAAGGAAGUAGUUGAUAUCAUGAAAAUGCACAAUGAUCCGAAGAAAGCUUUGGCAACAGUUGAGCGCAAAAUUCAUUUUUUCUGUAACUACUUCCACUCUCAUCUGCCAUAUCACGGCUGGAAAUACCGCCGGGACAACGCCAGCACUAUUGUUAACAGAUAUCGCCUCAAGCGUGGGCCCGAAUACAAUAUGGCUGGUUACAACCCUUUCUCUCUCCAAGACCUGAAGGUUUGGAAGUAUGAGUUUGAUCCGGAUACCAAUCUUGCGCGACGAGAUAUGAUCAACGUUAUGAGUAUUAUUUACUCACGGCAGACGCCUGCAAUUUGGAAACUUGGUGCGGCGUCGAUAAUAUUCUAUUGUAAAAUAUGUUCCUGCUUUGGUAUUGACUACCGUCGUUUAGAAGGCGCUUCUGAGGAUGAUGUGUGUUUGAUGAAAUCGAUCAGCAUGGAGGAGGAGGAGGACGAAGAAGAGAGGAGGUACUUUCUUCUUUCAAUUCAUAUGUAUAUAUGCGUCUUUCUCGAUUAAAUUAAUUGUGAUUUGCUAUCUUUGAUCGAUCAGUAAGGCAUC